UUUCUUGUCCUUGACGACAUCAAAUAUAUAUUAAUUUCCCCACCCGCCCCGGCCGGCCAAUUAAUAUAAAGUAUAAACCCUGGCCCCUCGAUCGAUCAUAAACCCUAAUUAAUUAUAAUAACAAUAUGAGUACACUACCGGAAUCUAAACGCGAACCAUGCCCGGACCGAAUCCUAGGCGAUGUGGGGAGUGCCUUCAGCAUGGGUGUAGCUGGCGGAUCCGCUUGGCACUUCGGAAAAGGUGUGUGGCAAUCACCAUGGGGUCACCGUUUUAAGGGCGGUUUAGAUGGUAUGCGUAUGAAUGCGCCAAGAACUGGCGGGGCGUUUGCUGUAUGGGGUGGUUUGUUUUCUGUGUGUGAUUGCAGCAUGGUGUACCUUCGGCAGAAGGAAGAUCCAUGGAACUCGAUUCUAUCGGGUGCAGUUACCGGAGGGAUCCUUUCCUUGCGACAAGGGCUUCCUCUUGUUGCUCGGUCUGCGGCUAUGGGUGGGUUUUUUUUGGCUAUGAUUGAAGGUGCCGGGAUUAUGAUUAAUAAGUCUGUUAGUCAUGCUCAACAAGUAGCUACCUCUCAAGCUAUGUUAGAACAAGAAAAGCAGCCCCAACCUCUGCCUUCCGAUUCUGGCCCGGGCUGGCUUUUUGGCGGGAAGAAAGAGCAAGUCAAGGAAAAGGUGACCACGGAAGUUUUGGAUUCGCCAAUCCCCCCGGCUUUUGAAUAUAAUUGAUCAAUCCAAUUCAAUUCAUACAUGCAUGUUUGAUUGACCUGAUUAAAUUUUUUUUCUGAUUAACAAGUAAUGGAAGUUGUUAGCCUAGUUUAUUCUCUAAUAAUAUGUUAUGUUUAGUUAA